AUGAACCAUAACAAUGCCUCGAAUUAUACAUCAAGAAAACGGCGUUUUAUAAGAAUUCUAUUUCUUAUUCUAAUAUCAAUUGCUUUGCCUUUACAUAUCGCUGCAAUGAAGGUUUUUACAUAUUCAUUUUCUAUUAUUUCGAAUAAUAAAUCCGUUUCAACAAUAACACUUUCAAAAAAACAAGACAAAGAGUGUGUCGUAUGCGUGAAAGAGCGUCCUGGUCGUCUUGGUAAUAGAAUGUUUAUAGUCGCUAGUGCUUAUGGUCUUGCUCGUCUUCACUCUUGUCAUUUGUAUUUAACACCAGAAAUAAUCAAUGAAAUGAAGCCAUCAUUCAUUUUCGAUCUUGCACCUUUUCUAAUCUCAACAAUAACAUUCAACAAAAUCGUUCAAGGUACUUCAAAAUCAAUAACUAGAACAAGUAAGGAUAUUGUUUGUCAAUAUAUUCCUGAACUGACACGCCCAAAUGCUAUUUCUUCAGGAUAUAUAUUUGAAUUAAAAGGCUACUGGCAAUCAUAUCUUCAUUUUACGAAAUAUGGCGAUGACAUUCGACAACUUGUGUUUGCUGCAACACAAUCUGUAAUUAAGAAAGUGUCACAAUUAUUCAUUGACAUUUAUGAACUAAAUAUUGAGUACAAGCCUAAAUUUUCAUUAGAAAGUCAUCAAUUAUUUAAAAAACAAUUAGCCCAAUCGAACUGGACAACAUGGAUUGGAAUUCAUAUCCGGCGGUCAGACUUUGUUUCCAUACAGUUUUCGUCGUCGGAUACAUAUUUAUUUGCUGCUAUUGAAUACUACACAUUACAUUAUCCGAAUGCCAACUUUAUUGUUGCUAGUGAUGAUAAGCCCUAUUGUAAAAAUUUAUUUCGUAAUCGCUCAAAUAUUUUUCUUACGCCAGAAUCAUUUUCGGUGGAUGAUGAUUUAAUAACGCUUUCCCUGUGUGAACAUUCCAUCCUUACUGGUGGAACAUUUGGAUGGUGGGCAGGUUAUCUCGCUAAUGGCCAAGUGCUUCAUGACAACGUUUAUCCAUCUGGAUGUGAGAGACGUGAAUAUUACUAUCCACCAUGGUUUCUCAUAGAUGGAAACGUACGAGCACAUAAAAACAGUAGUUAUACUCUGUGA